AUGGAACAGACUACAAGAGGAAAGCAGAUGAAUGUUACAGAAUAUAUCCUCUUGGGUUUUGGAAAAUUCGGUCAAUGGCAAAAUAUCCUAUUUUUUGUUUUCUUAUUGAUCUAUAUUGCAGCCAUGAUUGGGAAUGUACUCAUUGUAAUUUUAGUGGUAGUUGAUCAGCAUCUACAUACGCCCAUGUAUUUCUUCCUGGGAAACUUGUCGUGCCUAGAGACUUGCUAUAUAUCAAAUGUCAUGCCCAAAAUGAUGGUGGGCUUGUUGACUGAGGAAAAUGUGAUUUCAUUCAGUGGCUGUUUUGUGCAGUUCUUUUUCUUUAGUUACCUAAUAGCAACAGAAUGCUAUCUUCUCUCAGUAAUGUCAUAUGAUAGAUAUUUAGCAAUAUGCAAACCACUGCAUUACACAACAACUAUGAAUGCGCAAAUGUGCAUCAAACUAGCAGUUUCUUCAUGGAUAAAUGGACUUAUAGCUACUUUUAUAUUCUUGAGUUUUAUGCUAGAGUUAACAUACUGUGGCCCCAAUGAAAUUGAUCAUUAUUUCUGUGAUUCUUUACCACUUAUAAAACUUUCCUGUAGUGACACCAACCUGGUGGAAGUUAUGAGUUUUGUCCUGGCAUUAAUAUUUACCCUGCCACCUUUUCUUCUCACCUUGACAUCCUACAUAUCCAUCAUAACUACUAUCUUGAAAAUUCCUUCUACAACUGGGAGGAAAAAAGCCUUUUCCACUUGCUCCUCUCACCUUAUUGUGGUUUCUACCUUCUACGGAGCCAUCAUGAUAGUGUAUAUGUUACCAAAGAGAGAAGCACUCCGUGAUCUCAACAAAGCUUUUUCUCUCUUGUAUACAGUCCUGCCCCCUGUUGCAAAUCCUCUUAUAUACAGCUUGAGAAACAAGGAGGUAAAGCAUGCCAUAGGGAAAUUAUUUGGGAAUAUGGAACAGACUACAAGAGGAAAGCAGAUGAAUGUUACAGAAUAUAUCCUCUUGGGUUUUGGAAAAUUCGGUCAAUGGCAAAAUAUCCUAUUUUUUGUUUUCCUAUUGAUCUAUAUUGCAGCCAUGAUUGGGAAUGUACUCAUUGUAAUUUUAGUGGUAGUUGAUCAGCAUCUACAUACGCCCAUGUAUUUCUUCCUGGGAAACUUGUCGUGCCUAGAGACUUGCUAUAUAUCAAAUGUCAUGCCCAAAAUGAUGGUGGGCUUGUUGACUGAGGAAAAUGUGAUUUCAUUCAGUGGCUGUUUUGUGCAGUUCUUUUUCUUUGGUUACCUAAUGGCAACAGAAUGCUAUCUUCUCUCAGUAAUGUCAUAUGAUAGAUAUUUAGCAAUAUGCAAACCACUGCAUUACACAACAACUAUGAAUGCGCAAAUGUGCAUCCAACUAGCAGAUUCUUCAUGGAUAAAUGGACUUAUAGCUACUUUAAUACUUUUGAGUUUUAUGCUAGAGUUAACAUACUGUGGCCCCAAUGAAAUUGAUCAUUAUUUCUGUGAUUCUGUACCACUUAUAAAACUUUCCUGUAGUGACACCAACCUGGUGGAAGUUAUGAGUUUUGUCCUGGCAUUCAUAUUUACCCUGCCGCCCUUUCUUCUCACCUUGACAUCCUACAUAUCCAUCAUAACUACUAUCUUGAAAAUUCCUUCUACAACUGGGAGGAAAAAAGCCUUUUCCACUUGCUCCUCUCACCUUAUUGUGGUUUCUACCUUCUACGGAGCCAUCAUGAUAGUGUAUAUGUUACCAAAGAGAGAAGCACUCCGUGAUCUCAACAAAGCUUUUUCUCUCUUGUAUACAGUCCUGCCCCCUGUUGCAAAUCCUCUUAUAUACAGCUUGAGAAACAAGGAGGUAAAGCAUGCCAUAGGGAAAUUAUUUGGGAAGUAUUGCAUUCCUCCAAGAAGCUGA